CCUUUGUGCACAUGCGUGUUGGAGCAAUCGCCGUUUACGCUCAAAAAGGCUUGGCUUUUUCUAAACCGAAGAAAGCGAAGCUCUUUAGGCCCUAAAGGAGCUUGUAGAUUGUCUUGACGUCUCUACCUUUCCACUCAACAAAGUCAUUAUUAUACAUGGUACAAUGUCGUCAAGUAGUCUCCCACCUGAGAUUUUUGAGCACAGCUAUGCCAUCCCCAAAACGGCAGAGGAGAGCUCGAGCACCUCUGAUAACAGUAGCACCAAGACUGAUAACAGUAACAGCAAGAUGUCAUCUGCCUCCCCCAGCGAAGCAGACGAUAUCACCAAGCCUCGAGCUCGGCUCCCCCCAGAAAGACACAUCGAUUCGUACGUCUCCUCCACACCCAAAUCCUCCACACUAAAAUCCUCCACACCCAAAUCCACACCCAAAUCCACUCCUGAAAACGUACUCAAGCGUUUGUCGACUUCAACAAGUCGCAGGACGAAAAUGAUCGGGAGAAGCUUUGCGUCUCCAGCUAUUCUCAAGAUGAGGGUAUCCGCUUGUGGUACUUGUGAGGGAUGUGUGAGGGACGACUGUGGGAAAUGUGUCUUCUGUAAGGACAAGGUCAAGUUUGGAGGACCUGGCAAGAAGAAGCAGAGAUGCCUCUUGAGGUCAUGCGUAAAUAUGCCGAUGAAAAAAGGAGCGGCUGGAAAAUUGGUGACAAUGGUAUCUGACACUUUAUCCAAACCUCCUCCUUCACCACCCACCGACAAGCUUGUCGACUGUGGCACGUGUGUCAACUGUCAGGACAAGGUAAAGUUUGGAGGUAGCCACACAAAGAAACAGAAAUGUUUGCUGAAAUUGUUCACGCCAGAGAAGAAAGCAACAGCUGGCGAAUCGGUGGUGACACCCAAUGCAAAACUGGAUGCAAAACCAGCUGCAAAAUCGGAUCCAAAACCAGCUGCAAAAUCGGAUGCAACACCAGCUGCAAAGUCGGAUCCAAAACCAGCUGCAAAAUCGGAUGCAACACCAGCUGCAAAAUCGGAUGUAAAACCAGCCGCAAAAUCGGAUGCAAAACCAGCCGCAAAAUCGGGUGCAACACCAGCUGCAAAACCAACAGCAAAACUGGAUGAAAAACCAACCCCAAAACUAGCCGUAAAACCAGCUGCAAAACUAACCCCAAAACUAGCCGUAAAACCAGCUGCAAAACCAACCCCAAAACUAGCUGCAAAACCAGCUACAUCAUCUCCCUCAAAACUCAUUGAACUUUUUUUGAAGCCCACCAUCCUGACCAAACCUUCCAAAAGCACAGUCCCAGAACAAACUUCCUCUCCUUCAGUGACGACCCUGUUAUCUGGUGAUCCACCUCCAACAACUGUCACUCAAGCCAUCACCAACAUGGCCAAACAGUUUGUCGAAUCUCUUAUCCCCACUGCUGAAGCCAUGUCAAACAGCAAACCAAAGGACGAUACAGGAAAAGAUUCUGAGGUCAAGUCUAGUGUGCCCGCUUCUCUGAGCAAAUCAUCUGAAGUGGCGAGUUUGAGCUCCAAUGUGAUAAAACAACCCUCUCUUGGAUUCCUGACAAGCGGCCUGAAGAUGAAAUGUGAGCACUGUAACCGAGAAAGAUUUCUCAGCGUGGCUAGGACAGAAAGAUUCUGCACUCAGCGAUGUGUUGUGAAUUGGUUGGAAGACAAUCCAGACAAAACUCCGAAGGAUGCCGUGGGAGACAGUGAUGUCCUUCUCUCCUCUUUGCCUUCUCUCAUAUCUCGUGCCAAAUCCACUGACAUCAAGGAUUCUAAGUCUGUUCCUAGGGCUCUUAGGAACCUCCAAAUUGACAUGGCUUCUCCUGGAACCACGCUACACAUUUCCUCCAGCUCUGAUUCUGCCGAAGAUUUUGAAGACUCUGACUCUGAAGACGAAGACGAAGACGUAGAAGAAUAUAAACCAGAUAAACCAGAUAUUGUGUCCAAUUCGAAGAAGACUUACUCCACUCAACCAGCCACUAUUGCUGCCAAGAGAUCAGUGGUCCCUCCGCAGCCACCUGCCAUCAAGAAGGUCAAAAUGGCUAGCAAGGCUCGUUCAGUCUCACCCAACCAAAAUUCUAAGAGUGUGAAAUUCAACCUUGGAUCAACGUCCAUAUCGACUUUGCGAAUACCACCCUCUGUUUCUACCUCCCAAAGCUCCUCCGCUCCUGGCUCCAUCUCAAUCGUCCCUCUAGACAUGCUGUCUGCAUUUGUGAAAGAUCAGCAGAAAACAUUCACACACAGUGCUCCCAUAACCCCUGUGGAGGUCAAAGUCCCAAAAGGGAUGUCACGGUCAGUCAAGGACUGGACUGUUGACGAUGUGUGUGCAUACUUUAAAGCCACGAAGGAAUGCUCUGACUUUGAGACUGUCUUCAGGAAGCAGGAAAUGGAUGGAUUUUCCCUGCUCAGGCUGACAGACCAGAUGAUGUGCCAUUGCCUGGGACUUCCCUUGGGCAGAGUGGUCAAAGUUAUGGCACAUGUGGAGGAACUGCGAAAGCUAUAGCUUCAAACGUACUGUUAUAAACAACACAAAAUAUAGGUGUAAAUUAUAUGUAUACACUAAAUGUUCAUUUUAUUUACGUUAACCCUUUUUCUUACACCCACAUGGAGCUUACAUAAUUAGCUAUAGGUUUCGUACAUACAAUACUUAUAGCCGUCACCAUUUUUGACUUGUAUAUAUAGAUCAAUUUGAUAUGAUUAUAUGCAUGAAAUUUUAAAUUCCAGAA